GUCGCGGGGGUGUGUGUGUCGCUGGCGGUCCCGGGUUCGUGACUGGGUGGCGCUGCUUCUGCCGUGUGAGCUGACGAGCUGCGUCGCGGGCCGGAAGUUCCGUUUAGCGGUAGUGUGUUUGGUGCUAAUUGAACGCGUGUGUCCAAACAGACGUCGCCGAUAGAGGAUCUGCGUGCUUUCGUGUGUCUCACCUGGGAUUAAACGCCGUCGUUCAGUUUCUCGAGCAGCAUUGCAGGGUUGCCGCCGCCGCCGCCGCCGCCGCCGGCAUGCAGCCCUCCUCGCGGUGCUGGGUUCGACCCCGGGUGCGGGCGCUUGCCGCGCUCCUCGCCGCCUGCCUGCUGCCUUUAGCCUCCGCCAAACCAGGGCUGUGUGAGCUGGAGUCUGGGCAGUCCAACAUCAUCCUGGACAUCGAGGAGAGCAGCGGCUCGCAGAUGAGCCAGCAGACGACGCCGGCCGAGCUGCCCGUGGUGGGGGACCCGUUCUCCGACGUGGCGCUCGAGCUGGUGUUCCCGCGGCUGGAGCCCGUCUUCAUCCUGAACGGCAAGAGGCUGCAGCUGCUGCGGCCGCUCGACAGGGACCGCGACAACCUGUCGCACAUCGUCUUCCAGCUGACAUGCACGGUGCGAGCCACGGGUCGUAAGCGCACCAUCCCAGUGAUCGUCAGAGUGUCUGACGUCAACGACAACGCUCCCGUCUUUCUCGACACACCGUACGAGGUCACCGUCCCUGAGCUGACGCCGGUGGGCAGCACGGUGUUCCGCGGCCUGAAGGCGGUGGACGCUGACGCGGGCGUGAACGCGCUGCUCGAGUACUCGGUGGUGGCGGGGCAGCCGCCGGAGGGCAGCGGCGCCGCCGACGGGGCCGCCUUCUUCGCCAUCCGGCUGCCGCACCAGGGCCAGGUGACGGUGGCGCGCGCCCUCGACUACGAGCGCACGCAGCGAUACCUCGUCACCGUCGUCGCCUCGGACCGCGCGCGUAACGCGUCGGAGCGGCUGUCGGCGACGACGACACUGACGGUGACGGUGCAGGAUGACGACGACCAGGAGCCGUCCUUCAUCUACCAGGGCUGCACGCCGCUCAAUGGCGUCUGCAUCAACCCCGAGUACUCGGCCUCGGUUUCAAGUGGAAUCUUGGCUGGCAUUCUCAACAUAUCCCCAGAAAAGAUUCAAGCUGUUGACAUGGAUUCCAUAAAUUCUCCUAUUCAUUAUAGUUUUCUGAGUGGAAUGCCAUCAUCCUACAAGGAUUAUUUUGAAAUAAACCCUCAGACAGGAGCUGUAAGGCAGAUACAGCCUGUUGAUACAUCUGUUGCUAAAAAAUUUGAGAUAAUUAUAAAGGCAGAAGAAGAAUCUGAACAACGCAGAUUUGCAACUGCAAAACUGUUCAUCACAGUCAAGCCAGUGGACAGCAACCCACCAAAAAUCCAGGUCUCUGCAGCUGAUGGAUUUGUGGAUGAAAAUGCACCAAUUGCAACUAAAGUUAUUGAUGCCAGUGGGAACCCAAUUAAGCUUACAGUAACUGAUGCUGAUCUUGGCCCUGAUGAUCCAAAACCAACAUAUGCAUUCGAACUGACAACAAACUUCUUUAACGUUGACAACAGUGGCAUACUGGUAGUCAAUGAAGAAACACUCGACAGGGAUCCGCCGAGCCCAGGGAAGUUCAGAUUUCAGGUUGUUGCUCGGGAGAUGACCGGAGGUAAUGGUGCCGCUAGUCCCCCACUCACCCUGACCGUCACCUUGAACGAUGUGAAUGACAAUGCGCCACGGCUGCCAGCGAUAGCUCCCAUCACCAUACAGGCCGGAGAAGGGAAGCGCCUUGUGUAUACUGUUGUUGCAACAGACGAUGACCUUGGUGAGAAUGCCGAAAUUUCAUACAGCAUAUAUCAUGUCUCCAACAAUGGAAGGCAGAAAUUCAAAAUAGAACCAAAAACAGGUGAAAUAUUUACCAUUGGAAAACUGAUAGCUGGAGAACAGUACAGCAUAACAGUCCAGGCAACAGAUAAAGGUGGAAAAUAUUCUCAGACAAUAGUAGAAGUUAAUGUGGUUCCUGGUCCAAACACUCGAAGUCCAGUAUUUGAGCAACAGACAUAUGAAGUGCAAGUCAGUGAAGGCGCUCCUAUAAAUUCUACAGUUGCAACUAUCAUUGCAAAUGACCCUGAAAAGGACCCAGUCACAUAUUCUAUCAUAUCAGGCAAUGAUCUACGGCAGUUUGCCAUUGGAGACCGGACUGGAGUAAUCACUGUCAUACGAAAGUUAGACAGAGAGGAACUCACAAGAUACCAGCUGGUAGUUAAGGCAGAGGAUACUGGAGGAUUAUCAAGUACAGCACUGAUCAGCAUAAAAGUGACAGACAUAAAUGACAAAAAUCCAGAGUUUCAGAAUCUGCCGUAUCUGUUUAGAGUACGGGAAGGAGAAAAUAAUGCCAAAGUUGGCAGUGUGCUUGCCACUGAUGCAGAUGAGGGCCAGAAUGCAGUUGUGUACUAUUCUGUUCCAGAUGAGAUACCAUUUGCAAUUGAUGCUAUGACAGGUGAAAUUCGGACAAAAACUGCACUUGAUUAUGAAAAACAGAGGGACUAUAAGUUUGUCGUGACUGCAAAAGAUGGGGCACCAGAUCCUCGCUUGGCAACAGCGACUGUCACAGUCCAGGUGGUGGAUAUUGACGAUGAAUUACCAAUAUUCCAUUUACUGAGCUAUGAGGCAAGGGUCCCUGAAAAUGUUCCAGAUUACAUGGUUACCCAAGUCAAGGCUGAUGAUCCAGAUACGAAUCAAAAAAUAACUUACAUUAUCAGGCAAGGACCAGCUGAAUUAUUUUCAAUUGAUCAGAAAACUGGUGUUAUUAGAACUUUACGUGGAUUGGAUUAUGAGAGAGAAAGUCAAUAUAUCCUUGUUGUUGGAACAUUGGAAAAUCCGGGAAAUCGGCCAGGUGACACAACCAGAGUGAUUGUCAAUGUUGAGGAUCGAAAUGAUAUACCACCAGUGUUCACAACAGUACCACGACCAGUUACUCUGGAAGACAGUGUACCUAUUGGCACUACUGUAACAACUCUAAUUGCAACUGAUUCAGAUGGGACACCACCUGGAAACAAGGUUCGAUAUGAACUUAUUGGAAGAGGAAAAGCAAACAAAUACUUCCAGAUUGAUUCUGAUACAGGUGUUAUACACGUUCGAGAUGACCUACGGAAAGAAACACUCAAUGAAUACCAAGUCGAUAUUAAAGCCUAUGAUCUCGGUGAACCACAGUUGUCAUCUGUGACAUCAGUACCUGUUUAUGUUCGCCACGUGGCAACUGUUCCACCAGAUGAAGGGCUGGGCUUUGCUGACACUUCUUAUACCGUAGAGAUUCCUGAGAAUGCAACUGCAGGCACCCUCAUAAAGACACUUACAAUUUUGAACAUCAGAGCUCAAGACAUAGCUCCUCUUCGGUGCACAAUAACAGAUGGUGACAUUCAAGGUCUCUUCUACACAAAUGUGACAAAGGAUCGGAACUGUGAAUUAAGGUUAAGAACUGCUGGUCUGGACCAUGAAAAAGUGCAACAGUAUCAGGUGGUUAUAAAGUUAGACACUCUUUCUGGUUUGGUGAAUCAGAUGAGAAACAGCACUACUGUUAAGAUUCAGGUUGUUGAUGUGAAUGACAACAAACCUGAAUUUAUAUUCCCAGAACCAUACCAAAAGUUUUCAAAGGGAAAAUACUUUGGGGCAAUUGCAGCAGAUUCACCAAUUGGGACAUCUGUUUUGCAGGUUAAAGCUGAAGACAAAGAUAGUGGGAAGUAUGGAAAAGUUGAAUACCGAAUUUUGGCAAGUGAUAAAGGAUCAGAAUAUUUUGCUAUGGAUUCAAGCAUAAUCAAAAGCAAGAAAUUAUUUGACAAUGAUGUGGGGCUGCCCUUCCGGUUCACUGUAGAAGCUCGUGACAACCCCACAUCAGAGCAAGACAGCAAUACUGAAACAGUUCCUGUCGUGAUAAACCUCAUUACCGAUCGGAAUCGACUGAUACUAGUGAUCGAUGAUGCCAAACCGGAAACUAUACAGAAUGAGGAGAAUAAAAUUGCUAGUGUCCUGGAGGACCACACAAACUUGAUUAUUGGAAUUGAGAAAGUAGACUCCAGACAGUUUCUUGGCAGUAAUAGCACAAUUGAAAUAGACAAAGAUGGGACCGAUGUUUGGUUCUAUGCAGUAGAUCCUGAAACUGAAACAAUUCUGGAAAGAAACAGUAGCAGAGUACUGAGGUCAAUAAUGGAUGCUGCUGUGAAAUCAAGUAUUACGAGAGAUAUCGGUAGUACUCUUCGAGCCACAACCAGUGGGAUACAUGGUCCAUUAAUGGUCAUGAAACUUCAGAAGGGUUCAGCUGUUUCAUGGGAUGUUUUCCCAUAUGCUCUCAUAAUAAUCGCUUGUAUAAUCUUCAUACUUGGCUCAGCUGGAAUAAUAUACAUAUGUAUCUCAUGGUCAAGGUACAAAGCUUAUAAAGAAAGAAUGCAAAGAAUGUAUGUUGUGCCGAGAUAUGAUCCAGUGUUUGUUGAACCAAAUCUUAAGGAAUAUGAAACUCAGGUUCUGCAGAUGAGUGUCCCACUGGAUGACAGCGACAGUUACAAUGAUCUACAGCUGGAUUUUAGCAGUAAAAAUCAUGCUUUCAGUUUAGACAAUGUGAGCUACAUAACAAAAGAAAAUGGUGACAGCAUAGGCCAGCAGAGUCCCGUAAGUUCUGACGCUGCCACAACAGCGCGUGCCUCCAGUAUAGCGGGAGGUGGGCAUCACAGGAAUGAAAGUGAGCACAAUAUCAUGGGUCAGGAUUCUCCUCACAUAUCAAAUCCUGUUUAUCAAAGGUCUGAUGACAAUUCCAGCCAUAUGAAUGCCAGUGCUACGAAUGAGAAUGUGACAUUCAGAGAGAAGAAAGAUUAUUCUCAUCUAGGCUUUACAUAUUUAGGGGAUAGGUCUCCAGUAGAAACAACAACAGAAUUGUGAUUUGCAAAAUUACUGAAAAAGAAUACUGUUUUGUCCCCAGAUGAUAGCUCAAAAAUAUUGCCAUUUCUCUUUGUUGUUCAUUAACUACUGCCUUUCAGGCCAUAGGGAAGAAUGACAGUGCAUCUUAGGAGAAAAUGAUAUUCAUUUUCAGUUUACUGUUGAUACCUCGUGCACAUUUUUGCGCAAAAUCUGUGCAAAAGACUGAUUGUAACAUUUUUAAUGUUGGAUGUGUGCUGUGGUCUGUUUGACAAUGAUCAAUGCUCAAAUACUUGGAGAUUGGACUGUGUGAAUGCUGCAGCUGUAAAAUAUAAGCAACAAUAAGAAAUCAACAUCAGACAGUUUAAUACCAAGAUGCCCCCAUAAAACAAAACAUUCUUGGUACAGAAAGAAAUUUUUUUUAUCUAGAAGGUAUACAGUGAAAGUUAAUGAAUACACUCUAGCAGAAUGUUACAUUACUUUAAUGUGUGAAAUAUUAUGAAGAGUGUUGAAUUCUUUAUGCUUCAAACAACUGUAUGCUUGGAUAUAUUAAAAGGAAAAAUCUUGCAAGCAGUUACCAGUUUUUGGUGCCAGUGCUGCAGUGGCAGAUGUACUUAAUAUUGCAUACACUUUUUAUCUGGCAAGCACAUCAAAUAUUUUAUGCAACAAAGGAACCACCAGUGUAUAAAUUUUAUUUGUGUUUUCACUUUGUAGAGUGCUGAAUUAGUAAAAAUUGAACAUCUUUGUAUUGCUGAAAUUUUAUAAAACCAUAGUUGCAGCAUUUUUUUCUGAUGAGUGUGCCAACUGUUUUGUACUGAGUCUUAUACAAAUAUAUGUACAGUGUUUGCUAUAUAAAUGUUAUUUGCUGUCAUUGGCAGUGUUGUGUAUAUAAUUAUAAAUGUAUAGGUGAGAAACGGCUCAUAAGUCUUCCAAACUCUGCAAAAUAAGUUACUUGUAUUAUAGAUCUGAAUCAUUGCUCAUUAUCCAUUGUUUUCAUGGUUGUUAAUUUAUGGAAAUGAAAGCUGUAUGUGAACCGUUAGAAAGAAAUGUGUGAAGGGAUCACUGUGGUUACCACCACCUGUGUACCUUGAAAUAUUUUGUGAGAAGUAUGUGCGUGUGUGUAAUAAGAGGACAGAUGUGACUUUUGAAGUGAAGUGUGCUGUUGUGAAAGAAAUCAUUUUACAUAUGAGAUUUUCAUGCAAAUAAUUAUAUAUUUUUUCAAGAAAAUAUUUGUAUAAGGAGUAAGCAUUGUAAAUAUACAGAAAACUUACAUGUUGAUGUUAAUGUAACAAAUUUUAUUUAUUUAUUGUUUAUUUUUUUUCAAAAUUAUAAUUUGUGCAUAGAUGUGAUAUGAAAUAGAAUUUUUGUACUUAAAUGCAAAUGAAAUAUUUAGUCUCA